AUGAAAGAUUUUGAGAGAGCGAUUUCAGACGCUGCAGAGCUUUUGUGGGAUCCUGGCUACAUCUUUCCCCAACACUGCCUCGAAGGGAUUCUACACACGAAGCAAUUCCGACAAGUGUCGACACUUGAUACUAGUUAA